AAAAAUUGAAUGCAACAAGUCAUAAAACUGAAGUUCGGGCGCAUUUAACUCACAAUUGAUAAAUAUUUUGAUAAAUUUGCAAAGCAGGCUAAAAGUGCAUUCGGAUUUAUUAUAAAUAUUUAUCAUGUAAGCACAUUCAGGCGAGAGCUUGGCGCCCAGCCUGAUAUCCAACAAAAACAAACAAUAAAAAUAAUAAUAAUAAACAAAAUAAAAAUAAAAACGAAAGACUUGAAGCCCGAGGGACUUGAAUUUGGAUUUGGACUAACAACUUGGAGUUGCGCUUGGACAGACCAACCGAUCAUUCGCCAAAUCCGGCGAGCGAGAGAGACAGGAGGAGUAGGAGGCGGGGCUGCUCGAAUUGUUCAGCUCGAGCCGAAGUUCUGCUGAACCGAGAACCGCAACAGAUUGACAGUUGCGGCAAAUCGGCGCAGCGAGCAAGUUGUCGGCCCCUCGAAUUGUGUGUGGAUCAUGUCGGGCAGCAUGGAUUACAAAUGGCGCAAACGCAUGUGCCACAAGUGGCAGGAGGAGAUGCGACAGCAGCAGCAGCAGCAGCAGCAGCAGCAGCAGCGGCAGGACGAGGAGCAGGAACAGCUGCUCGAACAGAUGCCACCCCCACCUCCGCCGCCCACACCUGCACUGCCGCUGCCCCUUCCGCUGCCGCUGCCCUUGCAGCUGGCGAAUGCAUUGGGCAAUCGCAGCUUCAGCAACUUUGUGGAGGAUCCGAGCAAUCUGCACAAGCUGUUCCUGACGCGCCGCACUUUGCAGCUCCUAUCGCAACGUCCGGACUUUCAGCGUCUCGUCAAGGCGUGCUUUGUGCGCGUCCGUUUCGCUGGCGGCCAUCGUGUCGCCCAGAUUCAGGGCUUUGGCAAAUGGCGACCCAGCACGGAGCCGACGUUGAUACUGCGCAUCGAUAACAAUCCGCGCGUCUUUGCACUGGAACAGCUGGCCAAUAGCUACUAUGAGCGCGCCGAGCUGCUCGAAUGGGAGUACAUGUGGCAAGCAUACAACUUCGAGCUGCCCACCAAGCGCAUUGUCGACCAGAAAUACAAGGCCCUCACGGAUGCCAAGCUGCAGUCGCAGUCGCCGACGCAGUCGCAGUUGCGGCUGCCCCUGGCUGUCGGGGUGCACAAGCCGGCCAAGCUAAAGGGCUGCCAGCUGGGCGACUAUCAGCCGCUUUAUGUCCCGGUGAAGCGACAGAAGGAGUUGCCACAUGUUGCAGCAGCAGGUGCAGGUGCACCCGGAACACCGCCCGCUCAGACCUCCGCCGCCGCACGCGGCAAGUAUCUGGUGGAGCCCAUGGAAUGCUAUAGACGCUAUCUGCCCAAGACACCGCCAUCUGCCGGCGGCGGCGGACAUCAGCUGAAGCCUGCCCUGGAGCUGCCCAAACAGACGACUGUCGGCUGCGCCAAAAAGAAAAUCUCGCUUGAUGAAUAUCGCGAACGUUUGAUCAAGAAACAGCAGUAAAAUCCAAAGAAAAAGGAAGUUAGCAUAAAAAAUCUCCAUACAACUUCCACUGCCCAAUUUUCACCAAAAGCCGCAUUAUUUUUUUUUGGGCCCUUUGCCCAAUUUGUAGGCACACUAGGCUUAUAUUACUUUCUAUGCAUUUAAAUUAUUUAUUAUUAUUAUUAUUAUUAUUGUUGUUAUUUAAUUAUGAUUAAUUUAGCUUAACUAAGACCAGCCCCUGAAGCCCAGCUUUGCACAUAUUAUAUAUUAUUCACCUUGAAAAAACACAAUUUUUGGGCUUACUUUUUUUCCUUAUUUAAUUAAUUAUACAAAACCCAAAUAAAUCAAACCUAAAGGCUUCGACUAUACAGUAGGUA